UCAAAGAUCAGCCACAGAGAUGUGAUUGGGAGGUCUCGCCAGAGCUGUAGUGAAUGCAGUGCACACUUGAGCCAUCUCGAUCAUGGACACAGAUUUGUUGGUAAUCUGGAAAUUAAGAUGAAUUAAAAACUAAGACUGGUGAAUUUGUAAUUGUUUUCAAGAGUGCGAUCUAGCAGGCGUAUUCUUUAAAUCUGUAUCCUUGAAAUACGCGAGCAUGGUUUUACGCUCAGCAAGCAAUUAUAACACACUGACUUGAGCUAAAUUACAUAAAGAGGAACCACAUUCGUGGCAGCCAGAAUAUAAUGAGAGAUCUGCAUCCAUAAAUUCAGCUUGUCAUGGAUGGAAGCUCAAGUUGUGGAUGGCCAUGUGCAGGCGAUAGUUCACCACAGCCCCCCUCCCCUCCUGAGGCCCUCCUGGUGAAGGUGCAGCCUGUCGUGGAUCAAAGCCCAGUGGACAAUUCAACACAGAUAUGGACACGGCCCCUCUCCCCCGAAGACCUCCUAAAUCAGAUGCAGCUGCUCCGCCAAGAGCUUGGCGAGUUGACUGCAUUAAUGCAGCCUGUCGUGGACCAAAGCAGCAACGCUAUGGAGGCUUCACCACAGCGCCCUCCCACACCUGGAUCUUUCCUGUGCCAACAAGGGGCUGCCGACCUGAUUGCAUUAACUGAACCUGUCCUGCUGGAUCAAAGCCCAGUGGACACUUCAACACAGAUAUGGACACGGCCCCUCUCCCCCGAAGACCUCCUAAAUCAGAUGCAGCUGCUCCGCCAAGAGCUUGGCGAGUUGACUGCAUUAAUGCAGCCUGUCGUGGACCAAAGCAGCAACGCUAUGGAGGCUUCACCACAGCGCCCUCCCACACCUGGAUCUUUCCUGUGCCAACAAGGGGCUGCCGACCUGAUUGCAUUAACUGAACCUGUCCUGCUGGAUCAAAGCCCAGUGGACACUUCAACACAGAUAUGGACACGGCCCCUCUCCCCCGAAGACCUCCUAACACAGAUGCAGCUGCUCCGCCAAGAGGUUGUGGAGCUGAGUGCUUCAAUCAGCCAAGUUCUGGAUGAACCCGAGACAAGCUAUUUGGACGCACCGACACCACCUCUCCCUAAAGCCGCCUGGGCCUACAAGGGUGAGCCUCAGAGGGCCCUGAGCCGGUCCUCCAUCUCUAAGAGUGUGUGCAUUUCAUGGCCGUACUCCAUCUACCCUCACUGUGACCUCAUCGGCCAACCAGUUCCUGAGGAGAAGCCUGUGGUAAUGGUUGACAAGGCUUCCUCAACGCCCAAGAAGAUGUCUUUCUGGAGGAGGCUGGUAUGUUGUUUUGGGAAGAGGAACAAGACUGGAUCCACUAAGAACAACAAGGUCAAGAAGAAGACCAAGGCAAAGGGGGAGAAGACCAAGGUCCAGGAGAAGACCAAGGUGGAGAAGGACACUGCCAUGACCAGGGGAUGUUUCUCCACGUAUUUCAACCUCAUAAAACUGCUCACAAAGUAAUACGACAAACGGGUGAAGAAGUGAACCAGGAUUUUUAUCGAAUUGUUUUUCCUAUAGAGUCAGUGGGAAAAACCUGGUUGCCUGAUCCAAAGACAAACACAUCCUAUCCAUCAGAAUAUCCCAAAUGGGAGAGAUCAUAACAUACUUAUCAAGGCUGGGGUGGUUAAUGUUGUUAAUCAUGUUUUCAAUAAAGUUUUCUAAAUGA